CCCGGAAGCGAUUCUUCGGCUCGGGUCACGUGGCGGGGGCGGAGGCCCAGCCCCGGGAGGCAGCGGCGGCGCCUGGGGAGUUUAUAAAAUAUUUAAUCUCAUUCAUGAGUCGAACUUCCUUUUUAAGUCAUGGAUGACAAGGCCUCUGUUGGAAAAAUCAGUGUGUCUUCAGACUCGGUAUCCACUCUUAACAGUGAAGAUUUUGUCUUGGUUUCCAGGCAAGGAGAUGAAACGCCAUCUACAAAUAAUGGUAGUGAUGAUGAAAAAACAGGACUGAAGAUUGUAGGUAAUGGAAGUGAACAGCAGCUUCAGAAGGAACUUGAAGACGUGCUGAUGGAUCCACCCAUGGAAGACCAGCCAAGUGAUCGGGAACAUGGGGAAGACAGUCGGGCUGAUGGAGAAGAAGAGCCCAUCAUUCUUGAGGCUUCGGCAUCCUCUACCAUUAACCCAGUGUCCAUGGCAGGACCCCAGAAACCCGAGAUGAGCCUGCCAGUGAAGCCAGCACAGGAAGAAUGCGAGGAGCCAAGCCCUUUUACGCCCAUAGCCGACGAAGACAGCGUGGUGUUCAGCAAGCUCACGUACUUGGGCUGUGCCUCUGUGAAUGCCCCCAGGAGCGAAGUGGAGGCCCUGAGGAUGAUGUCUAUCUUACGAAGCCAGUGCCAGAUUCCUUUAGACGUGACCUUGUCAGUGCCUAACGUGUCUGAAGGAACUGUGAGGCUCUUGGAGCCUCAGUCAAAUACAGAAAUAGCAAAUUACCCAAUCUACAAAAUCCUUUUCUGUGUGCGAGGGCACGACGGAACCCCGGAGAGCGACUGCUUUGCUUUCACCGAAAGCCACUACAAUGCGGAGCUCUUCAGGAUUCAUGUCUUCCGGUGUGAAAUCCAAGAAGCGGUGAGUCGAAUACUGUACAGCUUUGCCACUGCCUUCCGCCGAUCUGCCAAACAGACUCCACUUUCUGCCACAAUGACCCCACAGACUCCUGACAGUGACAUUUUCACAUUUUCCGUAUCUCUGGAAAUCAAGGAAGAUGAUGGGAAAGGUUAUUUCAGUGCAGUUCCCAAAGACAAGGACAGACAAUGCUUUAAACUCCGCCAAGGGAUUGAUAAGAAGAUUGUGAUUUAUGUCCAGCAAACUACUAACAAAGAACUUGCUAUUGAGAGGUGUUUUGGCCUUCUCCUGAGUCCAGGCAAGGAUGUUCGGAGUGGUGACAUGCACCUUUUAGACUUGGAGUCCAUGGGCAAAAGCUCUGAUGGGAAAUCAUAUGUAAUCACGGGGAGCUGGAAUCCAAAGUCUCCCCACUUCCAGAUUGUAAAUGAAGAAACUCCUAAAGAUAAAGUGCUGUUCAUGACUACAGCUGUCGAUUUGGUGAUAACUGAGGUUCAGGAACCUGUCCGGUUCAUUCUGGAAACGAAAGUUCGAGUUUGCUCGCCUAAUGAGAGGUUGUUCUGGCCCUUCAGCAAACGUAGUUCCACUGAAAACUUCUUCCUAAAACUAAAACAGAUAAAACAGAAGGACCGAAAGAAUAGUUCUGACACAUUAUAUGAGGUUGUGUGCCUUGAAAGUGAAUCGGAAAGGGAGAGGAGAAAAACCACAGCCAGCCCCUCUAUUCGUCUGCCACAGUCGGGGUCCCAGGGUUCAAUGAUUCCUUCUCCUCCAGAAGAUGAUGAAGAGGAAGAUAAUGAUGAACCACUACUGAGUGGUUCGGGAGAUGUUUCCAAAGAGUGUGCUGAAAAAAUUCUUGAAACCUGGGGAGAUCUGCUUUCCAAAUGGCACCUCAAUCUGAGUGUGAGGCCAAAGACUUUGUCAACAUUGGUGAGAAGUGGAGUCCCUGAGGCACUGCGAGGAGAAGUAUGGCAGCUGCUAGCGGGAUGUCACAACAAUGACCACCUGGUAGAAAAAUACCGGAUUCUCAUCACAAAGGAGUCUCCCCAGGACAGUGCUAUCACUCGAGACAUCAAUCGCACGUUCCCAGCUCAUGAUUACUUUAAGGAUACUGGGGGAGAUGGCCAGGACUCCUUGUACAAAAUAUGCAAGGCCUAUUCUGUCUAUGAUGAAGAGAUUGGCUAUUGUCAAGGCCAGUCAUUUCUUGCUGCUGUGCUGCUUCUGCAUAUGCCUGAAGAACAGGCUUUUAGUGUUCUGGUCAAAAUCAUGUUUGAUUAUGGACUCAGGGAACUUUUCAAACAAAACUUUGAAGACUUGCACUGCAAAUUUUACCAGCUGGAGCGCCUCAUGCAGGAGUAUAUUCCUGACCUGUACAACCACUUUCUGGACAUCAGUCUUGAAGCCCACAUGUAUGCUUCCCAGUGGUUUCUUACCCUUUUCACUGCAAAAUUCCCUCUAUACAUGGUCUUCCAUAUUAUCGACUUGCUGUUAUGUGAGGGUAUAAGUGUUAUUUUUAAUGUUGCACUGGGAUUAUUAAAAACUACCAAGGAUGAUCUAUUACUGACUGACUUCGAAGGAGCUUUGAAGUUCUUCCGUGUACAGCUGCCCAAGAGGUACCGCUCAGAGGAAAAUGCAAAAAAGCUGAUGGAGUUGGCAUGCAAUAUGAAGAUCAGCCAGAAGAAGCUGAAGAAAUAUGAAAAAGAAUAUCAUACCAUGAGGGAGCAACAAGCACAACAGGAGGAUCCUAUAGAGAGGUUUGAGCGAGAGAACCGGCGUCUGCAAGAAGCAAACAUGAGGCUCGAGCAAGAAAAUGAUGACCUUGCACAUGAACUGGUCACCAGCAAGAUCGCACUUCGAAAGGACUUGGAUAACGCGGAAGAAAAGGCAGAUGCAUUGAAUAAGGAAUUGCUUAUGACCAAACAGAAGUUAAUCGAUGCAGAAGAAGAGAAACGACGACUAGAGGAUGAGUCUGCUCAGCUGAAGGAGAUGUGUCGUAGGGAACUAGACAAGGCAGAGUCAGAGAUUAAGAAGAACAGCUCUAUUAUUGGUGACUACAAGCAGAUUUGUUCCCAGCUGAGCGAGCGACUGGAGAAGCAACAAACAGCAAAUAAAGUUGAAAUUGAGAAAAUCCGGCAAAAAGUGGAUGACUGUGAGCACUGCCGAGAGUUCUUCAAUAAGGAAGGGCGUGUGAAGGUCUCCAGUUCUGCCAAGGAGGGUUCUGAUGAGGACACGGAUGAGGAGAAGGAGACACUGAAAAACCAGCUGAGGGAAAUGGAGCUUGAGCUGGCCCAAACCAAACUGCAGCUGGUUGAAGCAGAAUGUAAAAUACAGGAUUUGGAGCACCAUUUGGGCCUGGCACUGAAUGAGGUUCAGGCUGCAAAGAAGACUUGGUUCAACCGAACAUUAAGUUCUAUAAAAACAGUGACUGGAGUCCAAGGGAAAGAGACUUGUUGAAAAGCAAAACUCCGUCAAAUGCAUCUUCUUAACAACACCUUUUGUUGCCUUCCUUGGCCAGAUGUUUAAUUCUGUGACAUGUGAGAGGACCAGAAUGUACAUAAAAUAGAAACACAGCAUGUCAGGAUUUCAAUAGGUCAGUGAUAAAGUGGAUGGAAACACAAAGGCUUUAUUGCUAGACACGGGAUCUUCAUACUACUGAUAUUUAACAGGUGAUGUAGCUAGAUUGAAGCUCUUCAGAGAAACACUCCAUUCUGCGGUCUGGCUGGAGGCUUUUCACAAACUAGGUACGAGAACUUACCAAACCCUAAUUGUUAAGUUUACAUACAAUAGGUUUUUUUACAGUUAUAACCUUUUUUAAUAUUUUAUUUAAAAGGAAAAAGUGUCACUAACAAAGCAAAUAAUGACUCUUAGCAAGAACUAUAUCAGUGCCAGAAAGUAGUCCCCAGAGCUAGGAUUUGGAGAGCGGGAGGUGACAUGCUUUACGAAGGGGGGUGGUCUCAGCGCUCCUGUCGGAGCAAGCCCAUUUUGGUUUAACAUGCGUGCAUCAUCCAUCUCGUGGUGUCUUGCCAUUUCUUUCUGAAUUACUACUCAAUUCUAUGCAACUGGGCUUUUUUAGCCUGGGCUGCCAACCAGAUUCACAGCCCUAGGUUGGGAGACUUGUCAGAGUGCUAGACGAGAAAAUCAGAAUGCUUGACAAAUUCCGUUUUACUUCUGUGUCAUAUUGUUUGAGCCGCGCUCAUCAACAGCAUUUCAAUCCCAACACCAGGACUGCUAAUACGAGCUAAUCAUGUGGAUGUUUUGUCGUUUAAUUAUGUCCUUCUGUUCACUUUUGUCUGUUUUUUCGUUUUCGUUUUUAACCUGGCUGUAGCAGGCCUUCUGUGAAGUUCUGUAAGGGCUUCCAGAAUUAGUUUUGCACAUAUGUAUGAAUGGGACAAAGAGACAAUAAACUGAGAUAUAUUUGAGAGGCAAAAAUCUGCGUGAGUGUAGCUGCAAACAUCCAUAGCUGUGUGUCGUAACUGGCUUUUCUGGUAACAUGUAUGGAGGUUCUGUAGGUCAUUUUUUCCAUGCUUAAUGCAGUUGCACUAAUCGGUGCUAAACUUACUUGGAUUUCUCAUCUUUUGGAUUGUCCUGAAGUUCUCACCAGAAAGCUGUAGAAUGGAGUUUUGCACCUUGUAAUAUUUUUAAUUUAUAAUGGUUUGUGUUAUGCUGAAGUAUCUAUUGCAUCAGUGGAUAAAUUUUGUGUGCAGUGUGAGUAUAAGCUGGUAACAAUAAGAGGCACUGGUUUGUAUAUAAAGAUAUUUGGUUUAUUUUGUAUUUCUACCUUUUUCUUGUUAACUGUACUAACGCUAGCUAAUGUACUCUGUGACUACAGGAUAUAACAUGCUAUGUCCAAGCUUUUUUCCUUAAUUGCGUACAUUAUCUUUAUUGUUUAAUACCAAAAAAAACCCAACAACUGUAACUCCAUCAAUAUUAGAUGCGUGGACAUUGUGGUAGCAUAGUUGCAGUGUGUAUACUUUAUGAAUUGAAAUAUAAACUAGUAAAAUUGUAUUCCUA